AUGAAGAAGACUAAAUAAAUUAAAAGCUAAUAAAUUAAGAGUGAAUAAAUUAGGAGUGAAUAAAUUAAGAGUGAAUAAAUUAGGAGUGAAUAAAUUAAGAGUAAUUUCUAAAACAUAUUAUAAAUUAUCUAGAAGCAAUAUCUAUAAGAGAAGUACAAGAAGUUGAAAACUAACUGCUUAAAUAAAAGCAUUGCUAAGUUUUAGGCUUUUUGAAGCAUGAAUAAAGAUUAUAUCAAAGUGAAAUUACAAUUAACUUAAAUGGGAAUUCAGAAUUAGUCUUCGAUAAAGAUGGAGAUGUUCUUCAAAUGUAAGGACUCCAGUUCAUAUUUAGUUAAAAAUAUAUUGAUCAUAAUACCAUUUCUAAUAUUAGUCCUAAUUUUGAACAACUUAAGAGAUUAUUUUGGGUUGGUUAGACCAAUGAAAAGGGAUAGAAGAUUGGAAAAUGGAAUGCAUUUUGGAGAGGUGAAAACCUUAAUGUCGGAGGGUUUUACAAUGAUAAAGGAGAAAAAUAUGGAAAGUGGAUUGAAUUAUUUGAGAAUUAUUGGGAGUAAUAAUCAAUCAAAAUAUAAGUAAAGCCCAAAUAACAUACUAAGGCUAAUAUGUAGAUAAUAAGAAACAUGGGUAUUGGAAAAUUCUUUCUAUUGGCUUAGAAAUGUAAAUUAGAAUUAAAUAAUAAAUUAGCGGGGGUGGAGAUUAUUUCGACGGAGAAAAAACAGGAUAUUGGGUUGAUAUCUUUGAAAAUUAUAGUAGGUUGUAAAUCUUAUUAUAUCUUAUAGUUGGUGCAAGGUUAUGGAGAGAGGGAUAUAUAAGAAUGGGAAGAAGAUAAAGGAGUGGGUUCAAAUAUAUCAGAAUAAAAUAGUGUUUUUUAAAUUCGUUAUAAUUUAGAGGAGCUGGAACUUAUAAUGAUAAUUCAGUUAAAGCAGGAGAUUGGACUGAUUUGCAUGAAAACUUUUUUGAGUAUAUUAGAAACUAAAGAGUUUAGUUGGUGUCAAGUGACACAUGAAGGAAAGUAUAAAAAUGGGAUCAAAAAAGGCUAGUGGAAAACAAUUUUUGAAUAAAAAACAAUGUAAGAAUUUAUUAUCAUCUUAGAGCAUAAGUAACCUACAAAGAAGGAGGAAUAAAGGAUGGAGAUUGGUCUGAGACUUUUAAUAACUUCAGUGUGUAAUAUUUCUAUUAAAUUUGAUAGAAAUAAUUAGACAAAAUAUAUUUGCAAGUAUAAUGAUGGGAAACCACUCAAAUAAUUGUACAUAAUUGAUAAAUUGACUGCAAUGUAUGGUUUGAAAUAAAUAAAUAAGUGGGGGUGGCACUUUUAAUGAAAAUGGAAUGAAAAAUUGGAAAUGGGUUGAAAUACACGAAAAUUAUUAAGAGUAAUCCAUAUAUAAAUAAAAUAUACUAGUUAUGGUAGAGUGUUUUAUGAAGGAAUAUAUAACAAUGACAGAAAGGAAGGAAAAUGGCAUAGUAUUUAUAAUGGAUAUUUAAUGUAAUUAUUUUCUUUGAUUAAAUAUUCAGAGGUGGGGGGAGUUAUUAAUUUGGAUUAAAGGUUAAUAAUUGGAUUGAUUUACAUGAACAUUUUUAAGAGUAAAUUUACAAUGCAUAUAUGAUGAAUAGUUCAUGUUAGGUGAGUUUUAAAGGAGAGUACAAAAACGGAAAGAAGGUUAAAAAGUGGGAUACAUUUUAUAAAUAAGAUAUAAAGUAGUGAAGAAUUAUUUAAUUAUUUAGAGGAGGAGGUUUAUACGAUGAAAAUGAAUACAAAAACGGAAGAUGGAUUAUUUUAGAUGAAAAUUUCGGAAGGUUGCAAAUACUACUCUAAUUUUAUCAGUCUUUGUUAGGUUACUUGGAGUGGAUAAUACAGUAAAGGAAUAAGAUUUGGAAGAUGGGAAAUCUAUUUUAAGGAUUAAAUUAUGUAUUUUCAGAGAUUUUAAUAUAAGUGGAGGAGGAAUCUACGAUUAUAAUGGCAUAAAGUAGGGCCAAUGGGUUGAGUUACAUUCUCAGUUUUGGGAGUAAGAUUUAUUGAUAAUUAGUUAAUAAUGCAUCAGAUUUAAGGGAGAGUAUUCGGAUGGAAGAAAACAAGGAUAUUGGGAGACAUUAUAGUAGAAUUAAAGAAUGUAGAAUCAAAUAUUAUUAAAUUUAGUGGAGGAGGAUAUUAUGAUUUAGAUGGAAUGAAGCAAGGUAAAUGGAUCCAGUUGCAUCAAAAAUUUUUGAAGUACUUGUUUAAUGCUUAAGAAAAGGUAGAAUCUAUUUUUUAUUGGGGAUUAUGUGGAUUCAAGAAAAAGUGGAAAAUGGGAUGCCAUAUUAGAUCAGAGAUUAAUGUUAAUUUAUUUUACAUAUUAGAGGGUGUGGUUUGUAUGAGGAUAAUGGAUAGAAAAUAGGAUAUUGGAUAGAUUUACAUGAGCCUUAUAUGAAGUACAGAAUAGUAAUUGAUCAUAGCUCUUGCAUUAGUUAUUUGGGGAAGUACAAUGAUGGAAAGAAGUAUGGAAAAUGGAAGACCUUUUUUUAAUAUCAGCAGAUGUAUAGGAGGUUGAUUAUUCACAUAUAGCGAAGGAGGGUAUUAUGAUGAAAAUGGAUACAAAAGUGGAAAAUGGAUAGAAUUGGAUGGGAAUUAAAACAAUUAUAGAUUGACUAAGGAGACAGAAUAUAAGGAUGAUAUAAGGUAGUGAAG